GGCUAUCCCACCUGCUUCUGUUUAGUGAAUAACGAGGCUAACAGCUGGUCAGUGCAUAUAUCUUCCAGGAAACAAAAUUUCGAGAAGAUUUGAAAUAUCAUGCAUUCUACCACAAAGAAGCUCUUUUUUUAUGCAUUUUUUUUGCCUACUCUUGUUCUUCAGGUCCAGUCGUGUAAUAUGACAGGCCUGUGGCAAAAUGAGCUGGGCUCGACAUUGCAUGUCCAGGCUGUCGGUUCAGAGCUGACGGGUAUGUACCAGACUAAAGUAGGGGUCAGUUCGCAAGAAUCAGGGCCAGACCAACGGGGCAAACUAGUGGGUGUCGUCAGCCAUCACGACCAACAAACCUCCGUUGCAUUCUCUGUGUUAUGGGAGACCGGCUCGUGCAGCUCCUGGGUAGGUCAGUGUUUCCCUCUGCCAGACGGAAAGAGAGUCCUGAAGACCUUGUGGAUGCUUCGCUCCAUGGCCCUGAGCCCUGCAGACAACUGGAAGAGCACCAGGAUGGGAGAAGACACGUUUAUCUUGGAACACUGAGCAGCUGUUCCUGAUCCAAGCCUCUGAAUUGAGGCUUAACGUGUCUAAAGAGAUUUGUCUAUAAUGUGACAACAUUACCAAAUAAAUGUUAUUUGUAAUAAACUUCAGUUAUUGUAAU